AUGCUGAUUAAUUUGAGGACCCUGCUGAACAACGCAGCUCUUAGAAACGGUUGCAAUUUCGUGGUUCGAAAUUUUCGGUGUGGACAACCACUACAAAAUAAAGUACAGCUAAAGGGUCGUGAUCUUCUCACUCUAAAGAAUUUUACAGGAGAAGAAAUUAAGUAUAUAUUAUGGCUGUCAGCAGAUCUGAAAUUUAGAAUAAAACAGAAAGGAGAGUAUUUGCCUUUAUUGCAAGGAAAGUCUUUAGGCAUGAUUUUUGAGAAAAGAAGUACUCGAACAAGACUGUCCACAGAAACAGGCUUUGCACUUCUGGGAGGACACCCUUGUUUUCUUACCACACAAGAUAUUCAUUUGGGUGUAAAUGAAAGCCUCACUGACACAGCCCGAGUGUUGUCUAGCAUGACAGAUGCAGUGUUGGCACGAGUGUACAAACAGUCGGAUCUGGACAUCCUGGCUAAAGAAGCAUCCAUCCCAAUCAUCAAUGGGCUGUCAGAUUUGUACCAUCCUGUUCAGAUCCUGGCUGAUUACCUCACACUCCAGGAACACUACGGCUCUCUGAAAGGCCUUACCCUCAGCUGGAUUGGGGAUGGGAACAACAUCCUACACUCCAUCAUGAUGAGUGCAGCGAAAUUCGGGAUGCACCUUCAGGCGGCUACUCCAAAGGGCUAUGAGCCGGAUCCUAGUAUAACCAAGUUGGCAGAGCAGUAUGCCAAAGAGAACGGUACCAGGCUGUCUCUGACAAAUGAUCCAUUGGAAGCGGCGCGUGGAGGCAACGUAUUAAUUACGGACACUUGGAUAAGCAUGGGACAAGAAGAGGAAAAGAAAAAGCGGCUCCAGGCUUUCCAAGGUUACCAAGUUACAAUGAAGACUGCUAAAGUUGCUGCCUCUGACUGGACAUUUUUACACUGCUUGCCCAGAAAACCAGAAGAAGUAGAUGACGAAGUGUUUUAUUCUCCACAAUCACUGGUGUUCCCAGAGGCCGAAAACAGAAAGUGGACAAUCAUGGCUGUCAUGGUGUCCCUGCUGACAGAUUACUCACCUCAGCUCCAGAAGCUGAAGUUCUGA